CACACUUAAAAGAGAGGCUGGAUGAGUAUAUCAAGCAGUGGAAUGGCCUUGUAAAGGUAUUUCGAAAUGAGAGGAGGGAAGGUUUAAUCCAAGCUAGGAGCAUUGGAGCCCAGAAGGCUAAACUUGGACAGGUUUUGGUUUACCUUGAUGCCCAUUGUGAGGUGGGAAUUAAUUGGUAUGCACCACUUAUAGCUCCUAUAUCUAAGGACAGAACUACAUGUACUGUACCUCUAAUAGAUUACAUAGAUGGGAAUGAUUAUUCCAUUGAGCCACAACAAGGUGGGGAUGAAGAUGGUUUUGCCAGAGGGGCCUGGGACUGGAGUUUGCUAUGGAAACGAAUUCCGUUAAGCCACAAGGAAAAGUCCAAACGAAAACAUAAAACUGAGCCUUAUCGGUCGCCUGCAAUGGCUGGUGGAUUGUUUGCCAUUGAACGUGAUUUCUUCUUUGAACUGGGUCUCUAUGACCCAGGGCUUCAGAUUUGGGGUGGUGAAAAUUUCGAAAUUUCUUACAAGAUCUGGCAGUGUGGGGGAAAACUGUUGUUUGUUCCCUGUUCUCGUGUUGGACACAUCUACCGUCUCCAAGGAUGGCAAGGAAAUCCACCCCCUGUGUAUGUUGGAUCUUCUCCUACAUUAAAGAACUAUGUCAGAGUUGUGGAAGUGUGGUGGGACGAAUACAAAGAUUACUUUUAUGCCAGUCGGCCAGAGACAAAAGCACUACCCUAUGGAGAUAUAUCUGAGCUGAAAAAAUUCCGUGAAGAUCACAACUGCAAAAGUUUUAAGUGGUUUAUGGAAGAAAUAGCAUAUGAUAUAACUUCAUAUUAUCCCUUACCACCUAAAAAUGUGGACUGGGGAGAGAUUAGAGGCUUUGAAACCUCUUACUGCAUCGAUAGCAUGGGGCACACCAACGGUGGCUUUGUUGAGCUUGGGCCAUGCCACAGAAUGGGAGGAAAUCAGCUUUUCCGAAUCAAUGAAGCUAAUCAACUCAUGCAGUACGAUCAGUGCUUAACUAAAGGACCAGAUGGAUCCAAGAUUAUGAUUAUGCACUGUAAUCAGAAUGAAUACAAGGAUUGGCAAUACUUCAAGAAUCUGCACAGAUUUACUCACAUUCCAUCAGGGAAGUGCUUGGAUCGCUCCGAAGUCCUCCAUCAAGUUUUCAUUUCAGAGUGUGACUCCAGUAAAGCAACACAAAAAUGGGAAAUGAACAACAUCCUUAGUGUGUAGACAGACAAAAUCUACCUACUGACACAUUAAUUUGUACAGGACUGAAAAUAGCCUGAAAACUGCUGCAAUUAUUAACUUUGUACAGCUGCGAGCCUCCUGGCUUGGAUGAAGGACAUAGACGAACUGUGAUUAUUACAAUAACAUUAUCAUCCGCAGUUAAUGUUUACAAAACUGCUUUACCUUAAACUCUGUAGAUGUUUACAUCUUUUUGUUUUAAGAUGUUGGUAAAUUAAUGUGCUGUUAGCUAUGUUUCAUAGGAACAUAGUUAAAAGCGUUGUCGUCGUCUUUGGGAUUACACUCAGGGGUCUGAAGGCAGUUUUUUUACACACACUUGAAAAGGUUGGAGUAACCAGAUUUUCAUAGAACUUGGUGAUUAUCAACCUGUUGUAUAUUUUUAUUUAAUUUUACAUCUUACUAAGCACUGCCACAGGUAAUUAGCCAGGGUGGCCUUCUCUCACAGUCAUGCUGCUUUUUCAGAAGGUGAAUUUCAACAUAUUUAGUGCCUCUUUGAUUUCUCUCUUUCACAAGAAAAGCAUUUGUUGGAAAUUAUACAAUGGAUUUUUCUGAGCUGUCACCAGGGGUAGGGACCAAUGGUACCACCCCACGUAAUUACUGUGUUACUGAAGACAAAUUUCUCUUACUGGUUUGGCUGCUCUACUUCGACUGGACGCUUUGUACGGUGCAAAGAAGAGUUAGUGUCAAGUUAGUGCUAACGUGGUACAUUUUGAUGGGAGUAAGCACCCUUGUGAUUCCAGUU